AUGGGACAAUCGAAUGAGCCCAAUGUACCUUUCAACCGCAAAGUGUCGCAUGAUGCCGAGCGCAAUGGUCUGAUCCACGAUGGCGAUCAUGGCGCUGAUGCUGAUUCGAGGGAGCUGUCACCAGCCACGAAGGACGCCCAGCUUCGUGUCGCACAGUCUGCGUCGGCGAUUGCGGAGAAAGAGCUCGACGAGUUCCUACAACGGUGGAAGAACAUCAAGUUGGAGAGACACUUCUGGGGCAGGAUCAAAAACAUGUGGGACACCGGAACCGCCACAACACCCUCAUCGUCAACGACAACAACGACUACAACAACAGUGUCGACCACCAAUACACCACCGCCUACAAACAUGGAACACGCGAUGUUCACCCCGACGAGGCUAUAUCCUGCCUGCGAGGACAUCGUCCCCAUGACCGACAUCAGCACGACAUUGUUGACCCGUAGUCCUUUUCGUCGGACUAUGGUCUUUGUCAACUUUCGGUAA